GAGAUCCUUGAGUCGCAAUUAUCCAUGGUUACGUAAGCCUACAUAUAUAUACUUCGAUAUCAAUCCUGUAUACAUUCCGCUUUGUAACUGAACACAGGACCUAUCUAGAUGAGUGUAUGUCAGACAUGGUAUAUAGCGAGAUGAAUUUCACAUGGAUUGCGUUAGUGUUUUCGUGUAUAAUGACUCCGGUGAUCGGACUCGACGAGGAGCCCGAGUUCGUUUAUCCCGAUCGCUUCAAUGACACCGAUCGCGACGCCUUCCUCUACGGUACCUUCCCCGAAGGGUUCGUCUGGAGUACAUCGUCGUCCGCGUACCAGAUCGAAGGAGCUUGGGAUAAGGACGGAAAGGGAGAAAGCAUCUGGGAUAGAUUCACCCACGAAGGUGGUAAUUCUUCCAUUGAGGAUACUGGAGAUGUUGCGUGCGACAGCUACCAUAAGUAUAGAGAAGAUGUUGCUCUGAUGAACGGGAUGGGACUCAAGUAUUAUCGCUUCUCAAUCUCUUGGCCUCGAAUUCUUCCAGAUGGUACUCUGAACAAUGUAAACGAAGCCGGCAUCGAUUACUACAACAGCCUGAUCAACGAGCUCCUACAAAACAACAUCACGUCCAUGGUCACUCUCUACCACUGGGAUCUUCCACAGGCAUUGCAGGACGUCGGCGGCUGGGCUAACGAAACCGUCAUCGAUCACUUCAAUGACUUCGCAGAACUGUGUUAUCAACGAUUCGGAAGUCGCGUUCCAUUCUGGAUUACAUUCAACGACCCAUGGGCAGUCAGCGUGCUAGGCUAUGGCACCGGAUCCUUGGCGCCAGGAAUAACUGAAGAUGGUACUACUAUCUAUGUUGUGGCCCACAACAUCAUCAGAUCACACGCAAAGGCGUGGCAUACGUACAACGAUACAUACAGGGAACUACAGAAUGGUAAAGUCGGCAUCACCCUGAACGCUGAUCACAUUGAGCCUACAGAUCCAAACAGACAAGACCACAUCGACGCUGCUGAACGAUAUCUCCAGUUUGACGUCGGUUGGUGGGCCAAUCCAAUCUUUAAGAAUGGCGAUUAUCCCGAGAUCAUGAAGACAUCUAUAGCAGGAAAGAGUGCUAUUCAAGGCUUCAACUCGUCGAGACUCCCUGAAUUCACCCAGGAAGAGAAGGAAUACAAUAGAGGUACGGCUGACUUUUUUGGUUUGAACCAUUACACAACACGCUACGGGGCAAACAAUCGGGAAGACAACACCAACCCGCCUAGUUACUCUAAGGAUCGCGACAUUGAGACAGGCCGAAAUUAUGAAUGGGAGAUAUCGGGUUCAAACCCGAUCGUUCCAUGGGGGAUUCGAAGAAUACUCAAAUGGAUAGGUUUACAGUAUCAAGUGCCCGUCUACGUCACAGAAAAUGGUGUGUCCUCGCACCCAUCGCUAGACCUUUGUGACGUCGUCAGGCAGAAUUACUACAGGGCGUAUACGAAUGAGGUCCUUAAAGCAAUCAAAUUGGACGGUGUCGACGUCAGAGGCUACACUGUGCGAUCCCUGUUAGACAGCUUCGAAUGGGCUCAGGGGUACGAAUACAGGUUUGGAAUGUACGACGUCAACUUUAAUGAUUCCCGGCGACCUCGGAGAGCCAGAGAAUCUGCUUCUGUCUACGCCCACAUCGUGGGUGACAAUGGGUUCGUCAAGGAGCCACCCGCGACCCCUCGAACACAAAACACAACCAUGGCAACCAUGACAACCAUGGCAACAAUGACAACUGCAACUGACGAGCCCGGACAUUGCGGAUGCGAUGAUGAGAAUAAACACGGUAAGUAUAUUACGGAAAGAAAAAUUGUGGUACUUGGGCUUAAUUCAGUUCAAAAUUAUUAUUCUUCGUAUAAUUUGAUAUAAGAAAAUUAAAACGAUGACCUGGACCCCGUCUUACAAAGAGUUACGAU